GGCGGUUAAGUUGGAUGCGGCGCGGAAAGUCGGGCCCUGAGGGAGGGCGCGCGGGAGGGCGGCGCUCAUUGGCUGGGAGUGCGGACGGACCCCGUAGAGAACCGCGCGCAGGAGCGCCGGAGCCAAUCGGGGCGGCCGGCGCCUGUUGCUGGGCCCGAUUCCCGAGGAGUCGCCGGGACGGGAGGGGGCUGGGGUUCGGCCCGGGCCCGCCCUGCCAGGUGCAGCCAUGCAAGAAAGCAUACGUUUUGCUUCAGCAGGAGAUGAUGUUAAAAUAUGGGAUUCCUCGUCUCUAACUGUGGUGGAGCAGUUCAGCCCACACGCACCCCCACAUCCAGUCAGCUCGCUAUGUUGGGCCAGCAAUAAUAGAUACCUGGUCACUGCUUCUGCUGCCGGUGAUAAAAUAGUUGUUUCAAGCUGUAAAAGCAAACCUGUUCCACUCUUUGAAAUUGCUGAAGGGGCAAAACAGACAUGUGUGAGCUUGAAUUCUAGUUCUUCAUAUAUUGUGAGUGGAGGCCUUGAUAACACAGUUAAUAUCUGGGAUCUGAAAUCCAGAAAGGUUUACCGUAGCAUUAAGGAUCAUAAAGAUGAAGUCACCUGUGUUACAUAUAAUUGGAAUGAUUGCUACAUUGCUUCUGGAUCUUUGAGUGGUGAAAUUAUCCUGCACAGCAUUACUACCAAUUUAUCAAGUACUCCCUUUGGUCACGGCAGCCGUCAGCCUAUUCGACACUUGAAAUAUUCAUCCUUUAAGAAAUCCUUGCUGGGCAGUGUUUCCGACAGUGGCAAUGUAACUCUGUGGGAUGUAAAUAGCCAGAACCCGUAUCACAAUUUUGAAAACACUCAUAAAGCACCAGCUUCGGAAAUCUGCUUUUCUCCAGUCAAUAAGCUGCUGCUUGUAACUGUAGGUUUGGAUAAAAGAAUUAUUCUCUAUGACACUUCAAGUAAAAAAUUACUGACAACAAUAGUAGCUGAUUUUCCUCUGACAACAGUAGACUUCAUGCCUGAUGGUACUACUUUGGCUAUAGGAUGUUCCCGGGGAAAAAUCUGCCAGUAUGACUUAAGACAAUUGACAUCACCAGUGAAAACAGUUAUUGCUCACAAAGGCUGUGUGAAAUGCAUACGUCUUCAGUUCAGUAGCACUUUUUCCAAGUCUAACCUUACAGGUUCUUCAAAUAAACCUGUAUCCAAAAAAGCAGAAGCCAAAGCUGGUAGUAAUCCUGGAGGAAUUCAAAAUAUUGGCAUAAAAAAUGUUGCCUCUCAAGCACUAGCAACAGUUUCACCUCAUCUGACAUUGCCAAGUGAGAAUAAGGGAGGAGAGGUUCUUCAAGAGAAAACAGGCUUUCCUCAUAGUUGCAGCUUGGAUGUGAUUCCAUCUAAAGAAACAGAUCAUGGGAAAAGUGCUGCUUUAAAUAACGUUGAUGAUUUGGGUCGGAGUAGUUUUGGAGAUGUGUUUUCUCCAGUCAGAGACGAUGUUAUUGCAAGUAAAGCGAAUGAAGAUCCUCAAGGAAAAGGAGAUGUUCUAGAUUUUCAGUCCUACCUUCUGGGUUUGGAUUUUCUCCCGCAGUUCACCACUGCCUUACCAGUAAAAAGAAACCCCGUGGGCAGUACUGCACAGGGAAUACGGUCCAGCCCAUUACACGCACUUGUGGGGUCUCCAGUUAAAGAAGAGGAAGGACAUGUAGAGACUGACACUAGGAAAAUAAAUCUUGGAAAGCAAGAAUCUAAAGAAGUCUUAAAGCAGCUUUCAAAAUCAAGCUCAUCAAGUGCAGAAUCUGUUACUUUAAGUCCUCCACCAUCAUCCACUGCUGUAAAGGCUCCUGAUACAAAUGAGAGACUAGUGAAGAAUAUUCAGGCCCAUCCUGCAUAUGAUCUACCAGUAAAUGGUACUACCUCAACAAGUCCAAAGAUAACGUCACCUGUCACUGCUGGAGUUGCAAGUUCACUGUCAGAAAAAAUAGUAGAAACCAUUGGGAGCAGCAGACCAAAUGCACCUCUGACAUCAAUCCAAAUAAACUUCAUUCAGAAUAUGAUACAAGAAACAAUGGAUGACUUCAGAGAAGCGUGUCAUCGAGAUAUUGUGAAUUUGCAAGUGGAGAUGAUCAAGCAGUUCCAUAUGCAGAUGAAUGAAAUGCAUGCUUUACUUGAAAGAUAUUCUGUAAAUGAAAGCUUAGUAGCUGAAAUAGAGAGACUACGAGAGGAAAACAAAAGACUGAGGACUCACUUCUGAGAGAUUUACACUGCUAAUUUUAUUAGCAUGAACUCACUACAGGCUUAUGACAGAUCAUCCAUCAGUACUGAAGUAUUGUACGAAGAACUGCUAUCAUUUUGAACAUUAAUAUUUUAUUCUGUAUUAAUGGUCUAAGAUACUAUAGAUAAUUAUAAAAUUUGUAACAGAUAAACGCUGUGUAAAGAAUGUUUGCCUAGUCCUGCUAACCACCUUGAAAUACAUCCUUCUAACAGAAAAACGAAAAGGAUAAGUACAUUAUCAGAGUUUUAGCAAUAUGUGAAGUGCCUUUUUGUAAACAAAAUCAAACCAGAACAGAUGCCUUUUCUGUAAGAAUUUUUUGAUAUAACUACUUUUCUAUCUACUGCGGUCAGAAACAAUCAUUGUGUCUUGCCUUUCUGAUAUUUUUCUUGGAGAAAAAGGGGAGAAAAAGCUCAUCUACAUGAUGUGGAGCCUUGUUUAUAAGGAGCUGAAAAGUACAGUAUUCAUUUUAUUCAGUUGGCAACUCUUCUAUUCUGAGUAAAGCUAGAGCUUGAAAAUACUCCCAAAUUCAGUGCCGUGAUCUUUCUUAUUAUAUUUGUAAGUCUGAAAUUUGUGCUUGUCUGCUGUGAACUUUGAUGUUGCAAAUGCUACUUCAACUGCACAAUGAGAUUUUUGUUACAACUUUAGCUAUGAAACUAGAGCUCUUUUUAUUUACAUUUAUUUGAAUAUUGUCACAGCUUGUCCAAUUUGAAUGCAACUUUAGACUUUAUAUCCAGCCAUGAAUAAUGUAGCACUGUAAAUGCGGUCUUUCAGUCCUUACCUCGAGCAUUUUUUGCCCCCUCUCCCCCUCCUUUUCAUUUGUAGUGGACAACACUUAAUAUUGAGCAGUUGUAUAGGUUUGAAUCUUUGUGGAUUAGUAUCAUUGCGGCCUUUUUGAGGUAGCUGCAUACCAAAUCUAACUAGUGUCUUAGUUGUAUGAUCAACAUAAACAUGAAAGAGAAAUCAUUACUUCACUAGUAUAACGAUGUCAUACUAGUGUGUAAACAUUUCUGAAACGAAGCUCAAUAUGAAGCCUUUAUUUGUGCCAAGAGGUUAAAUUAAAAUGUCAGCUUUAAUUUAAAAAUAAAAUUAAAAUUUUAAAUUAAAUUAAAAAUUUCACUGGAAGACUUCUACAAGUGCUUCUUGCUAUUUAAAUUGUUCUAGAGGCUUCUUAAUUUUCUCAUUUGGUUGUUUCUUUUCACACAAUCAAAACUCAAACAAGGCAAGUCUGACAACAUGGUGAGUUAACUAGUUAUAACAUCUAGUGUUAAAUCCAUGAUGGCACUCUUCUACUAUACAAGAAAACCAUACUAUGUAGUAUAACUUAUUUGUAUAUGUUGUAAAACUUAAAAAAACCCUAUAUCUAUACCCUUUCUCUAACUUUUUUUAAAAAAGAGACUAUUCCUUUUUUUCACAUCAGUUAACGGCAAAUACAAUCUUGUAGCAAAAUGAGGGUGUUCAAGUAGCCUUUAAUAUUAGGGACAGGACUUCAAAUGUCUGCAGUUCUGCUGCUUUUAUAAGUUUUUAAAAAUACUUCUGUAUCACAAUAACUUCAUGGUGAGACGGAGGAAAGUAUAUUAAUUUCUUAUUAGUAACUUAACACAAUGUAGAGAUUUUUUUAAACGUUCAUAGGAUGUGUAUGUUCAACACAUUGAACACACAGUUUAUGGAGACAACAGUAGUUGAAGGUAGCAAAAAUAUCUUGCCAUUCUUCUACAUGCUUUGCAGUGUUAAUGAAGUAACCUUGCGUAUUUGCAUCUUCUUUGUUCGUUCCCUAAGUGCUCUUGCUGUUAUACCCAGAUGACAGCAGGGAAUCAGACAGGUGGUAUCUUGGGUAUUUGGCUUGUAGAUAAUUUGUUUUCUUGACUCAGAACUGUAUAAUGUUUUUCUUAAUUCCCAAAUGGAGGUGAUAAUAGCAAGAGUGAUUAAAAGGACACAUUUUGGACUUUAUUUUUAAGAUUUUUAGGGCUUUUUUCCAUGUCUCAGGAUUACUGUAGCGCAAGUGGCUACACAUGCUGUGUGGAGACCCAAUAUGCCUAUAGUGGCAUAGUUUGCCUUGUACACAAAUCUGAUUUGUAUGUUAAAAUAAAGCUUGGUUUAACCUUUUUGAGAAAAAAAAAAAAUAAA